AUGGAAGACUUAGGUGAUUGCGGGGAAGAUGAUGAUGAAACAAAUGAAGAAGAAAGGGAAAUGCUGCUGGAUCACUGCAUGCGCCAUCUUAGUCUUCCCGAUUUCGUUAUGGAGCCGCAAAUAGUUGGUGUUUUGCAAACAUUUUUUCGUUGUGGUGGAGAUCCGGAAACAGUUGUCAACUUACUUUCUGAAAACUACUGCUCACUGGGCCAGCUUUGUAACCUAAUCGGCGACUGGUUGGCGGAUUUGGAGGGUAGUCGAGCGACAGUAGACGAAUGUUUCGAAUCAGCAUUGAGUGCUUUAAUUGUAAAGCAUUUUCAACCCGAAUUAGCGGACAAAAUAUUUGAAGCAGAAGGUGUUGGCAUUGAAUGGCUACCUGAAUUGAUCUCCCACAAACCUUGGCGGAGGUUAAUUUAUUCACUUGCUGAACAAUAUCCUCACUGUUUGAUGUUAAAUUUUGCUGUAAAAUUAAUAUCAGAUGCCGGUUUUCAACAUGAAAUUAGUAAUGUAAACACUGCAGCUCAACAGCUUGAAAUUUUUUCGCGAGUAGUUCUAUUCACAAUUGAUGCUGUAUUUCAUGAACAUCGGCGAGGUCCUAUGACAGAAGCUUAUGAAAAUGCUCUUGCGGAGCUUGUUCGAGUCGUUUGUCAUAGUGAACACACAUAUCUUUAUACACAAGCGCUGUUACACGUUAUAUGUGAAGAAGAAACCGGAAUGGCUUCUGCAGCUUGUGCUCAUAUCUCCCAAGUGCUUCGUAUGGAAGCACAUGAUCGUGAACAGGACACAUCGGCGUUACACAUUGCUUUGAAGCAAUCACAUGAAGAACAGAUUACAUUAAACUUGUUACAAGCAAUGCAUACAAUGAUUAGCAAGCAGUGUUUGAAUCCUGCGGAUAUCACACAGCUGUAUCAGCAGUACGUUUCAUCAAAUCCGCCGCCAAUUGAAUUAAUUCGAGAACAUUUCUUUGUUGACAUGUUAACUGACUCACUUUUCGCAUAUGAAGGUAUCAAAGUUCAUGUCGAUCAUCGACCGAAAUAUGUCUAUUUGUUGGCAUAUGCAUCAUGUGUUGCUGAACAGAAGACGACUACUGGCCGAGUACAGAACCGACAUGAAUUGAACAUGACUCGGGAUACCAUCGAACGAAUAGUUAAUUUGCUAGAAAAGACAGAUGACCUUAUGAAGGAAAUGAAAUCACUGUUAUAUGCAAUACGUCUUCCUGUCAUUGCCGCCGGAUUAUUGUAUUAUUUGCGUGGAAAUCUUUUAAGCGAAGAACUUAUCAGUGAACCGGAACCGGUGCAUUUUGUAUUGCUUGACCAGAUUGCUACAACACAUCCUAAUUUACAAUUAAGAGUUUUCCGAAUUCUGUGUGAGCUGUAUGACAGGCAAUCAAUGAUGAAUGAAGCUGCUGAAGUUAUUAUGGAGAAGCAGCGUAGUGUAGUCGACCGCUUCGUUCAUUUAUUAUCAGUUGGUUUGGCCUUACCGGUUGUUGAGAAAAUUAACAAAAUGUUUCGUGAUGGUCAAAUUGACAUUUCUCUUGUCAGGUAUUUCGCGACUGAAGUUCUCGAGAUUGUUGCUCCACCAUAUUCGGAGGAUUUUGUUGGUGUUUUUCUUCCAAUCGUUUCAAAUUCAGAAAUUUUCGACCAAAACAUUAGUGACAAAAUUCCCGCCGCAAAAGAAUUCAUUGAUCAUUGCACACCUCUGACUACUGAAGCUAGGUCAUCGUAA